AUGACGCCUAGUGGGAAGAAUUCAAUCUGGGUUAUUAUUGAUCGGUUGAUCAAGAGUGCCCAUUUCUUACCUAUUUCUAACACUGAUACUUUGGGAAGUUUGACUCGGUUAUAUGUCAAGGAAAUUGUGUGUCUUCAUGGAAUACACAAGAGUAUAGUGUCAGACAGGGACUCACGAUUCACGUCUCAAUUCUGGAAGAGUUUGCAGACAGCUUUGGGCACCAAGUUGAAAUUCAGCAGUGCUUAUCAUCCUCAAACCAAUGUUGGUGAAGGGAAUCUACUUGGACCAGAAAUUGUUCAGGAGAUGAGAAAUGAGGUUAAAGUUAUAAGAAACAAGAUGGCAGCUGCGCAGAGUCAUCAGAAGAGCUAUUCGGACACGAGGAGAAGAGAUCUAUUAUUUGAGGAAGGUGAUUGGGUUGGACCUGUUGCUUACCGUAUUGCUUUGCCAGAAUAUUUUGGAGAGAUUCAUGAUGUUUUCCACAUGUCGUCAUUGAAGAAGAGCUUUGUACUGCAAGAGCCACGUUUCGUUGAUCUAGGAAACAUUCAACUCCGGCCUGAUCUCACGUAUAAAGUUGUGCCAACUCAGAUCUUGGACAGAAAAUAG